GGCGUUGUUGGGGAGGGACGGAAGUGUGUCAAUAACGUUCGCUCGCUCGCUCUGAGUGCGCGCGAGCGCAGCGUCGGCAGGAAUUUGUUUUAUAACAUAACGCCGACGUGCAAACGGCUUUCGGUAAUCAUAAAUUCCAAAUAAUUACGACACCAAAUACCAAAGAGGUGCCCUUAAAAAAAGUUAAAUAAUCCUUUAUCUUCACUGCCCACUCUCCGGGACCUGUCCAUUAAAUCUCUGAUUAGUAUUAACUCUAUGUCCAUGUGGAUUCAAAGACUUUCCCUCCCACAUCAUGGCCAGAAAAAUAGUUAGCAGAAAGAGAAAGGCUGCGGAACUAGAACCGGAGCAGUGCAGCCAGGAUCUCUCACUACGUAAAAAGAAAAAGCUACCACUUGUGAGGAAGUCCUUUGUCUGUUACCUUGCGGGUCAACAGAUUAAGCUUCGUAAUGAGAAGAGCUACCAACAAGCACUACGUGGUUAUGCGGCUCACAGACUACCUGCCCUUUUGAAGGAGGAAGAGUUCCAUUUGGGAACCCUGAACAAAGUGUUUGCAUCCCAGUGGCUAAAUCAUCGGCAAGUGGUAUGUGGGACAAAAUGCAACACGCUCUUGGUGAUGGAUAUUAUGACUGGUCAGAUAACAAAAAUUCCCAUGUUGAAGGAUCGGGAACAGCCCAGUGUCGUCAUGGAUCAGCAAGGUUGUGGUAUCCAUGCCAUUGAACUGAACCCUUCUCGUACCUUGUUAGCUACUGGAGGAGACAACCCAAACAGCAUUGCCAUUUAUCGCCUGCCAACCCUGGAUCCUGUUUGUGUGGGAGAUGAUGGGCACAAAGACUGGAUUUUUUCAAUUGCUUGGGUUAGUGAUACAAUGGCUGUUUCUGGUUCAAGAGAUGGUUCAAUGGGAUUAUGGGAAGUGACAGAAGAAGUGCUAAACCAGACUGAUAUAAGUUUGGAUCCCACCCAAGUCCCCAGUUACACCCACAUAACGCACAAGGCAUUGAAGGAUAUUCCCAAGGAAUAUACAAGUCCAUACAAUUGCAAAGUGAGAGCUUUGGCUUUUAACAACAGUAGCAAAGAACUUGGAGCAGUAUCUCUCGAUGGUUACUUUCAUUUAUGGAAAGCAGAAGGCAAUUUAACAAAGUUGCUGUCUACCAAGUUGCCACAUUGUCGAGAAAAUGUUUGCUUGGCAUAUGGACAAGAAUGGUCUGUAUAUGCUGUGGGAUCGCAAGCACAUGUUUCUUUCCUUGAUCCAAGGCAACCGCAAAGCUACAUAAAAUCAGUCAGUUCCAGGGAGCGGGGCAGCGGUAUUCGAUCUGUAAGCUUUUAUGAACACAUUAUAACAGUAGGAACAGGACAAGGUUCUCUGCUUUUCUAUGACAUCAGAGCUCAGAAGUUUAUGGAAAGGCUGUGUCAAGCAAACUACUACAGUGAGAAGCUGAAACUCAAGUCUUGUGAAGAAAUUUUAAAAUUAACAACAGGGAAGGGUUGGUUGAAUCACGAUGAAACAUGGAGGAAUUACUUUUCAGACAUCGACCACUUCCCGAAUGCAGUCUAUACACAUUGUUAUGACUCCUCUGGAACAAAGCUCUUUGUUGCAGGGGGCCCGCUGCCUUCAGGUCUUCAUGGAAAUUAUGCAGGCCUAUGGAGCUAAUGAUUCCUCGUCAUGUACUGUAUUUGCAGAUCUGUUGCAUUUUAUCUCUUCUUGAGUUUUCACAUUGCAGUAAUCCUUCCGGUGUUUUAAUAUUGUGUGAAAUACACAAUAUUUUUUCUUUCAAUUGUAUGACUGUCUUUUAUUUCUUUUAAUUUACGUCGUGUUUCUCAGUAUUUUUCCACUUCCAUCUUGACAUAAGUUUCUUUCUGAAAAUGUAUGUAGAUUAAAACUGGUUCACUACUGAUAGUGAGAUAGGUUCCAUGAAUAAUUGCGUGACCACUACCAAAUUUUCUGUGAAAGUUUGGAGGGGUGUAAUGUGUGUAAAGGUACUUUGUGUCAAUUAAAUAGAAAAAAAACUUAACUGAUUCUGUGCAGGAGUGAUACGUUACCUUCACAUAUAUUGACAUAUGUUAAUGUUUUUAGUCCAUGUUUCUAAUGGACUUGUAAUUCUACUUGUAACAAUAUGUUGAAUGUUUUGAAGCAUAGGCCCAAUGAUGCCCAAAGAAAUUCAUAAAUUAUUAAUAAAGCUGUAUGAAUGAAAACUGUACAUUUUUAAAUUACGACAUCAAGGUGUUAAAUGUAAGUUUAUGAUGGAAUUUAUUUCUAUACUUUGAAUGGAUAUCACAUGCUUCCAGUUAGUGUUGCUUGGCACAAGAGAGUGGUUGAAUGACAAAGAGGCUUAGUUUGAGAGUACAGUUUUUUGCAAAAUAAUUAUUGGGUGCAUCAGUUCCAGUUUAUAUGUGAGUUAAUAAUUGCUCUUUUUAACAAGCAUUAAAUUGAAGAGACCACUAUAUUUUGUAUUAAAUUGAUUGCGCUACAGUUUAGUGUUUGCACAGAAAUAUUUGCUUGUGUUUGGUUCCGUUAUUAAAAUAAUCUGUACCAGAUUUGGUGCGGUCCUGAUUGGGAUUCUUUUUUCAUUUUUAUUGAAAUAGCAAAAUUGAAAGUAUUUUGGUAAGAGAGGAAUUUUAUAGAUAUGGGUACAAAAUUCAUGCAUUAGCUAGGUUCUAGGUGCAUUUAAUAUUUGGUUAAUAUUUGAGACUUGAUGCCAUUGUUAGACGAGUUGGAAAAUUGUUCAGUACCAUUUUUUUUUAGUCCACAAUUUCUAAUACACAGAAAAUGCAGAAUAUACUGAGGUCAGAUAAUAAUUGUGGAAAGAAAUGAUUGGUUUUUCAGAUGAUAACAUUUCAUCAGUACUGGUAAAAUUAGAGAUUUAAAGAUUUCAAGCAUGUGCAGGAAUAGGAGCAAGUAAUAUAAAUGAAGGUAUGUAUGUGAUACAUUGAAAGGUGAGAUUGAUUAAAUGACCAAAAGGAAUGAAUGUGAAAGUCGUAGGAGACGAUAAUGGCACAUGCCAAAAAAGAGUCAGAAGUUAGGUCAAGGAUAAAUGGAAAUUGCAACAUCAAAACCUUUACUAAUACAUGCCUGAAAAACAUUGGAGUAGUGGUGAUGAUCAGAAGUUGUUGAACUUAAUGUUGAGCCCAGAAGGCUGUAAUAUACUAAACAAAAAGUCAAAAUAUCUGCGGAUGCUGGAAAUCAGAAACAUAAACAGAAAUUGCUGGAAAACCUCAGGUGAAAGAAAUCAGAUUUUGAUCCAAUGACCCUCCUUGAGAAAUUGUGUCCAUAGAUGCUGAGUUUUUCUGGCAAUUUCUGUUUUUGUAUGAGGCUUUAAUAUUGCUUAUCUGAGAGGCAUUUCUGUUCCUCAAGCUUGCAGAGUUUCAUUGGAACCAUUUAAGAUGGUCAAGCUCAGAAUUUGAUGGAAAACUAAAGUGGCAAGCAAACUAAAAGUUCCAGAUUAUCCGUGUGUCCUAAACAAAGGUGUUCAGUAUAGCAACAAUACAGUUUGUGUUUGGAAGAAUUAAAUUGGCUUGGAGCAAACUAAAAGAAUGAGACUACCAGGUGGUGAAUGUCAGGGAAAUAGCUCUAAAGUGGCUGAUGUCAAUGAUUGGGAAACAAUGGCUUGAUGUUCACAAGUGAGGUUGUCAGCCAAAUGUGGAUAGAUGGAUUAGUCAGUGUUGCGGUUAGGCCUCUGCACCUUUUGCCAAACAACAACCAUCAACUAUUUACAUUGAUUCUCUACUAAUAUCUGCAAUAAGGCCACUGGCUCCCACAGCUACCUUAAUGACCCUUCUUCUCAACUCGCAUCAUUUGAGAACUCUGUUCUAUUCUCCUAGUUUUACCAUCUCAGUUACAUCUACAUGGUAUUACAGAACCGUAUUGAGGUUUCUAGUAGGGUUUUUUAUUCCUGCCACCAUGAUUAGUAGAGCCCUCAACUGUCUUCAUCCUUUUCCAUUUUGUCUUUUCUUCUUAAAAUCACAAUUAAAUUUCCUUUGUCGUCAUCAUUCGCUUCUCCAGCUUCUAUGUUCAAAUGGAUCAUCCUCUGCCAGAUCUGUAACCACCACUUUGCUCAAAGCAUCCUGAAAAAAUGAAUACUUCUGUCAUACUCUGAUCCGCUCUUCAGUCGCCCUGGAAAGUGCACUAAUCCUUUCACCACACGCUUUCUCACUGUUUCUUCUAAUACUACUUCUAAGUGAGCUGAGUUGCUUGCAUUUCUUUCAGU